AUGUAUAAGCUGACCGUGCAACAAGUAGACAGACGCCUGUCCUUCAGAGGGAUCGAACCGUCCAGGCUCCGCAACAAGCCGCACACAUUGCAGUACGACUGGGACAAGAUGUGCUACUUUGACCAAACAAGAUGGGCUUGUGGCUUCUGGCGUUGGGGUCACUUCCGGCAGCAAUGCAACAAAGAAUACCGGAUGGGGGAGACCUGCGGUCUCAAGCUUGUUUACGAAACCAAGGAGCAGGAAGAUGUUUGCAAACUGUGCCAUGACAUCGAGAAGAAACAGCGCCGGUACGACAAGAUGUACCGCGAUGUACAGCGGUGGCAGCGCGAAGGCGGCCGCCCCGCCACUGUCGAGCGUACCUGUGCUGACAUGGAGGACGUGCUGGAGCAGAUUGCCAGGAUGAGAGAGGACCAUCGCCAGCGCACAGCCCAUCUUGGGUAA